AUGGGUAUAAGCGCUGGUGAUAUCUUAGGGUACGGUUCGGAUGGGCCGUAUAGAGACAAGAAAGCCUACGAUCUUCUCGUGCAGAGCGAAGCAGGCUUUCUCUCCGUCACAGGGAACGGCCCGGAUCUAGCGAAAGCAGGCAUCUCCAUUGCUGACAUCUCUGCCGGCAUGUAUGCCUAUGCCAACAUUCUGGCCGCAGUGAUCAAGCGUGGCAAGACGGGCAAAGGCACUCGGAUAGAUAUUUCCAUGCUCGAAAGCAUGGUUGAGUGGAUGAACUUCCCACUGUACUACACUUACAACGGGGCUCCCGGUCUCGCUCGGUCUGGGGCAGCUCACGCCUCCAUAUAUCCCUACGGUCCUUUUGAGACUGGCGGCGGCGGCUCUGUCAUGCUAGGUGUGCAGAACGAGAGGGAAUGGGCCAAUCUUUGCCGGACUGUCCUGGGCGAUGAAGCGUUGGCCAAAGACCCGCGGUUCGUGAGCAACACGCUUCGCGUCAAGAACCGAGAUGAGCUGAAGGAAAUCAUUUCUAAGCAUUUCGCAAAGUUCUCGGCUGAAGAGGUUCUGAAAAAGCUGGAUUCAGCGUCUAUUGCUAAUGCCAAUGUCAAUGACAUGCAAGGCGUAUGGGAACACCCACAACUGCGAGCGAGAGGCAGGUGGACCGAUGUCGAGACACCAGGCGGCACGAUUCCUGCACUGAUCCCCCCUGGUUUUGCUUCGGUAGAGGCAUCAAGAAUGGAAAGAGUACCUGAGCUAGGCGAGCAUAAUGAGGCCAUUUUCGAGGAACUAGGAGUUAAGCCAUGA